AUGGGGCUAAUCAAAAAGGUAACCUCCUGGUCUUAUGAGGGCCUUAUCGACUACCUUUCAGUUAAUCCAACUAGAGACGAGGUUACACACUAUAAAGUUGAUCCUGAAAAUGACAAUGACGAGUCUAUUAUGAGAUUGCACACAGCUAAGGAUUUUGGAAAUAUAACGUGUUUGGACUACUCUUACCUUGAUGUGGGUCUAAUUGCAGUAGGAGAGAAGAAUGGCUUUGUUAGAUUAUUCAAUAUUAUUACCAAGGACGACCCAGAGAUUGACACCAUCGAUAUGAAAACUCGAGCCAAACAACAGAGGUGUGUCAAUACAUUGGGUAUCAAUUCAAAUGGUCUAGUUGCUAUGGGACUAGACAGGAAUAAAACAGACGCCUCUCUGCAAAUUUGGGACAUAAAUUAUCAAAGUACGGAUUCUUCCGCAGUAAAUUCCACCUUUUCAUACUGUGUGAACGAAAAUAUUGUAUCCUCAAAAUUUUUCAGUGAUACAGGGCUAAUUAUCGCAAGCACUAAAUUUUUAAAAGAGAUAGAUCUCCGCUCUCCUCAGGCUGCGUACCAGCAUCCUUCAAGACUUUCAUAUGAUGUAAAGAUCAAUCCAUUCAAUGACUUGCAAUUUAGCAGUUAUGGCGAUGAUGGUACGCUAGCUAUAUGGGAUAGAAGAAAACUAGCAGCAUCUUCUUAUUCGGGAGAUGUCAUCACUUCUGCACCAUUAUUGAGCUUCGAGAAACUGGUAGGAAUGGGAGCAGCUUCAAAAAAGUACAUGAACUCGUGCUUUCGUUGGUCAACUACACGUAAUAAGGAGUUUGCUACUUUACAUAGAGGAGAUACCAUAAAACGGUGGUGGAUAGGUUCGUGUGGUGAAGAGGGUCUGGAGGAAAAUGAAACGGAGGAACUCUUUGUUUCAAAAGUUCACGACAUUAACACGACAUUUGACAAAGUAGUGACUUUUGAUUAUAUCCCCCAAAAUGAUAACAAAAUGAGUCUACUAUGUAUGAGACAGUCUGGAACGGUGUAUCGCAUGCCAGUCCACCAAAGUUACUCAACUGUUGCCUUCAAUAAUUAUAAUUCCUUGAUGUUUUCAAAUUUUGAAGUACCCUAUAUAGACGAGAUACGAAUGACGGCUCAAAAACAAAAUUCAAACUUUCAAAACAAAGCAUUAAGAAACUUGUCAUUUGAAGAUUUGGACAUCAGCGAUGAUUACUCUCCCUCGUUAGAAGAUGAACAGAAAGUUAUUGAGAACAAAGAAUAUCUUGAUAGUAGUAUCAGCGAAAACAAGGAAUACUCAGGAACAGAAGACAAUUUCAAUCUACUCUGGAAGCCUGAAAAGCUGUUACAGUCUGACAUAAGAGUAAUAAUGAAGUCAAGAGCGGUAUUGGGAUAUGGACUGGAUCCUGCCAACACAGUAGCAAUGAUCGAUAGUUCAAAAACUUUACAAAAUAAUGCCUACAUCCGGAACACGUGGAGAUGGCUUGCUAUUGCCAAAAGCUCUGUUGAUGAUGGAACAAUGGUUUCUGGUGACUUAGAUCUCGGUUACGAAGGUGUCUUGGGCAUAUGGAGCGGUCUAAGUGGCAUCUCUAAUCAGAAUAGAUUCCGCGAAGAAAACAUAUUGCCCAACGAGCAAUUAGACAAGGAGAUGGAAAAGAUAAUCAAACUUCGUAAAAGACAAAAAAGCCAUCAGAAGAGCAGAGGAACGACGACAAAUUUUUCAAAUUCUCCAAAAUCCAUACAAAGAAGACUGUGCCUUAUCUUAUCUGGAUGGGACCUUUCACCAACAGACCUUGAGGAAAAGUAUAAAACCAUCAUACAAACAGGCAGCUACGAGAAAGCAGCUGCAUGGGCUGUAUUUUUUGGAGAUAUUCCAAAAGCCGUCGAGAUCUUGGGAUCAGCAAAAAAGGAAAGACUAAGAUUGAUCGCUACAGCAAUAGCAGGGUAUAUGGCAUAUAAAGAUACUACGGAAAACAAUUCUUGGAGGGAUCAAUGCCGUAAGAUGUCUUCUGAAUUGGACGAUCCUUACCUGAGGGUGAUAUUUGCAUUUAUUGCUGACGGUGACUGGUGGGAUAUACUUUAUGAGCCCGCCAUCUCGCUGAGAGAACGUUUAGGCGUAGCUCUGCGAUUUCUCAAUGAUUUCGAUUUAACAAAAUUUUUGGAAAGAACAUCUUCGACAGUUAUCAAAAAUGGUGAAUUGGAAGGUUUAAUACUCACAGGGAUUACGCCAAGUGGUAUUGAUUUAUUGCAAUCUUAUGUAAACAAGACUAGCGACGUUCAAAGUGCCGCAAUGAUAUCAAUUUUUGGUUGUCCAAGGUACUUUCAUGACAGACGAGUGGACGAAUGGGUUCAAACUUAUCGCACUAUGUUAAACUCAUGGAACCUAUUUACGAUGCGAGCUAAAUUCGAUUGCGCUCGUACAAAACUUUCAAGAACCAGCAGUUGUCAAAUACGGGCAGACAUUAAACCUCGUCAAGCUUACAUGCAGUGUAUUAACUGUAAAAAAAAUAUUAAUGAGCCUACAAGCAAUCUCUCCUCUACUUCCGCAAUGAUUCCUGAUUCCUUAAAUAAUCCGGAGUCAAUGAACCAUAGGGCUAUGAACUCGUUCGCAAAGCCCAAAAAAUAUGGAAUGACUAACACACCCUCGUCAUUGAAUGUUCAACGCAAGAAGUAUUCCUGUCCACAUUGUGGAACUCCUUUUCCACGUUGUGUAAUCUGUCUGUUACCUUUGGGCACAUCUAAUUUGCCCUUUGUCAUAAAGGGAGUGCAGCCAGAUCCGAUUCGUGAUGGGCAGAGUUUGCAUGAGGACAAUGUCACAGAAACAAAUGACAGCAACUCACAACGUAACUCCAUCACUUACGAGCAGAAUGAUGAGGACUCUAUAAAAAAUAAAAAGCUAAAAAUGAACGAAUGGUUCAGCUUCUGUUUACGUUGCAACCAUGGCAUGCAUGCAGGACAUGCUGAAGAAUGGUUCGAAAAGCAUGAUACAUGUCCUGCCCCAGGAUGCUUUUGUAAAUGUAACAAGUAG